AUGGCCUUGAGGCUGCUCUGGACUGGACAGGCCAAGGGGACCCUGGGAGGUUGGGGGAUCAUCUACUUGGUGAUAUCUCUACUCCUCCAGCACCCAGGAGUCCACAGCAAGUGCUACUUUCAAGCUCAAGCACCCUGUCACUAUGAGGGGAAGCAUUUUACCCUGGGUGAGUCUUGGCUCCGCAAGGACUGUUUCCAUUGCACCUGUCUGCAUCCUGUUGGUGUGGGCUGCUGUGACACGUCCCAGCGUCCCAUUGACUUCCCUGCAGAGUGUGAGGUACGUCAGGAAGCAGGAACCUGCCAAUUCUCCCUGGUGCAAAAAUCUGACCCUCGGCUGCCAUGCAGAAGGGGAGGGCCCGACCCAGAGUGGGGCUCAGCUAUCACCCCUGAUCCUGGGACUCCUGCUCCCCACUCCAGCUAAACUCAACUGAUCAUGCUCUGCUGACUGCCCACUGCUGCCGCCAUUCCCAAGGAAACCACUAGCA